AUCAAUCUUGAAUUAAAUAAAAAAUGACUAAAACAACGUCGUUAUGCCACAUUCAGUUGGGCUACCGGCUAUGGGAGGCUAUCAGCUCAGGUAGGACUUUUGUUUACGUUAAUUGAUUUUCAAGAAAUCAAGAUUGAUUUUUACGGGCAAAUUAGAAAUUUAAAGGAGAAUAGGAAAUUUCCUAAACUCAAAUUUGUCCGUUGAGGGUUAACUAGUUUGUAAUUAGGAAAGAUAAUUCCUUUCAAAGUAGGAAUCCAGGGCGGGAAAGGACCGGGAUUUUCUGUUAUAAAUUGAGAACACUAUUCACAAUCUUGCAUCUCGGUUGGGUUUAAGGUUUUGAACAGUACUCUGAUCUUCUAAUUUCUUCUGGGGUUUAGAAUUCUAUUUCUGUCCCUUCUUCUUCUCUAGUUGACAGUUUCAAUCUUCACUUUUCCUUGGUUGAGCUUUGUUCAAUAGUUUUCCAGCAACAGUUCACGUCUGGGUUCUUGUGUUAACGAUUUUCUGGUAGUGAGUGGUGUGUUCUGUCUUCUAAGUUUCAGAAAUUAUAUAGACAAUUUAUCAAACAUGCUUAGUCUACGUGAUCGGAUUUCCAAUGCUGAUGAUUCUUUCACAAAACUCUUGGAAGAAAUUAGACAAAUUUCCACUGAUGAAGCAGAAUUUGAAAAAUUGCUCACGGAAAGAAUUCUUACAGGUUUUAUAGUGCGUUGCGUGGAGUCCAAGAAAGUGGCAAAGGAUAAUGGAGAGAAAUUAGGGUUUCUUAAGACCAAGAAGGAUGGUGGAUUUAAGCUAUUUGGUGCUGCAGAUUGUAUUCAUAAGAAGAAAAGAUUGAACCGAAAACGGGCAGGGAAGGUUCCUGAAUUUUUAAUUCAAUCUGGACGAAGCUUAACUGAAACAGAGGUUGUAGCAUCAGACGUCAGUAGUUGUGUUACGAGCGGGUUGGAGAAAGAAGAGGAAGAAGUGGAAAAUAGAAGGAAAAAGAAGAGAAAUAUUAUUCAUAGGCCAGAACAAGAUUUGGAGUUAGAAGCUGAACCAGUGAUGGCUGAAAAGUUCAAAAGGAUUAUCAAUGAGAUGAAUGGUAUGAAAAUUAUGUUUGUCAUGCAAAAAAGAUUGACAGAAACAGAUGUAGCCAAGGUAAACAAUCGUUUAUCGAUACCAAGGAAGCAAAUGAGGAAUUGUAACUUCGUUGAUGAAGAGGAGAUGAAGACUCUUGAUGAGAAGAAAGGAAUAAAGGUUAAUGUAGUUACACCAUCAAUGGAAACCGUGGAGUUGGAAUUGAAGAAGUGGGAAAUGGGUUCAACCUACACUUACAAUUUGAUUGGGGCAUGGAUUAAGAAAGUGGUGGAUAAGGAAGCCAAUCAAUUGCAACCUGGGAGAUUGGUGCAACUCUGGUCCUUUAGACAAGAUUCAAAGUUGUGUUUCCUUUUGGAUAAUGUAGGAUGUUGAAGUUAGUUUGGUCAUUUUGAUGUCUUAAUUCAAGAUAGUGGUUGUUGUCUCUUUAUAUCUUAUUAAUCGGCAACAAUGUAAUUUGUCCAAAAUUUAUUCUGUCUAAGUCUUGGAAAUCUCAUUCAUUAAACAGGUUUUUUUUUUU